UGUUCAAGCUAUGUUCCAUCAUCCUAGUUUGGGUGUUUCUAUCGAUAUAUCGUUGGUACAUUUGAAAAUCUUCGAUAAACAACCGUCAUAUUUGCCAGUUUUUGACGGUAACAGUGUGAAACUGCUCAAGGCAUUCUGCAAAUACGCGAAAGCUGAAAAUUCUCCAUACGAUAAUAAUCCGCAUCACUGGGAUAUUGGUCUUUACCUGACUGGAGUAAACAUUAAUGGUAGGAGCCUUGCUGUCGCAGGAAAAUCCUUCGUCGGUGGUGUGUGCAAAUCAAAUAAAUCGUGUGCGAUAGCAGAAUUUGGUAUUGCAGAUAGUCUGUCAUCGGGUUUUACAUCAUCUAUCAUUGCUGCUCAUGAGAUCGGUCAUGUUUUAGGAAUGCGACACGAUUCAGUACUGUGUGAUUAUGACAAAGGCAUUAUGAGCCCUAACAUGGGACCUGUAGGCUUUAUGGGAUGGUCCUGGUGUAGUCGUUAUACAGCUGAAGAACUUUGGACUACACCAAAGUGUCUUGGAGAUCGUACGAAAUCGAAAGAUGCCUAUGAUCAUUCGCGUUAUCACGAUUUACCCGGAAGAGAAUGGACCGCCAAAGCUCAAUGCGAAAUAUUUUUUCGCGACAAAGAUGCAAACGUAGUCUCGUUGCUUGAUAUAUGUAAAUCCUUACAAUGCGAAACGCCUCACAAAAGUAGGCAUUACUUUACGGGACCAGCGUUGGAAGGAACUAAUUGCGCAUUAAAGAAGGAAUGUCGUGGAGGCGAAUGCGUGCCCAUUUCCGAACCGCCAUACAUUCUCAAAUAUUAUGAAAAUGAUAACUGGAGUGAAUGGAAAGAAGACACCUGUCAAAGUAGUUGCUUGGUCAAAUCUAAAGGCGUUAAAGUCAAACGACGUUCUUGUAAACAUGGAAGUAACAGAUCGGCGAGUUGUAAAGGGCCAUAUUACGACGUGGUUCUGUGUGAUGAUUCGUUACUCUGUACUGAGAAACGCAAAAGGAUUGACUCACAUAUUGAAAUAAAGUGCGAGCGCGUGAACUAUUUUGCGAAAAAAAACAAUUUUACCAUGACGUUUGAAUUAUAUAUAGAUAUAGAGCCAGGUUGGCAGGCCGCUCAUGAUAACGAAAAACCAUGGAAGGCCUGUACUAUACACUGCCGACUAAAAAAUUCAUCUACUCUCUACGCACCACGCCUUGAAAUGAUCAACUUUAAUAUGGUCCCAUACUUUCCAGAUGGAACGUGGUGUCACAAGGAAGAUGGCGAGAAUUAUUACUGUCGCCAACAUUACUGUUUGCCGGAAACCUACAGUUAUAAUGGUUAAGAUAUUAUUGACAUGUGUGAACGAGAAUCGAAAAGAAAGAAAAUCAUAAAACGCGCCUAAAUCAUUUUAGAAUAGUUUGUCAAUUCGUUUGGUACCGAAUUUUCGAUCGGUCAAUCUGUUGUCAUUAACAUCUGUUUUGCGUAUCAUCCACACUUCACUUAACAAAGACAAGUGGACCAAGAAUUAUAUCGAAUUUUCAGCAACUAAAAUUAAUUCCGUCAAUUAAAAAUAGUGAAAACAUAAUAAAAAUAACAAAAAAAUAAUAGGUAAUAUUCAAUAUGUUUACCAAAUGUGAAAAUAAGUAUCUGAGUAGAGUAGAGAUAUUUCUAUUCCGUAUGAGAUAUCGUGUCGAGAGAACGAUAACGUCUCUCACUAUAUAAUGUACUUUAAUAGUCUACCAAUGUUUCAUUAUAUUAUA